CGUGUCUUUGACGUAUGCAGGCUCCUCCUGAAGGGGAAUCCCAUCAAACGCGUGGAGUUUUCUAUUCUGUUUUUAGGCAGGAAAUUAACUUUUCAGUCGUGUUGUUUUGGUCGAUGUGCGGGUAGCAAGCAACAAGGCAAUUGGCUGGGGAGAGGAGGAGAGUAAACUAGUGUACAGUAAGGUCAGAAGAUAUUGAAACACCAGAAUGUGUGUUUUGGGAGACAUCUUUAAACUGUGAUGAGUACCUUCAGAGCUCAUUCGAUCGAAAUUUUUUCGAUAACGUGCCGACCGAACAACCUCAACCGUCCACCUCCCCACCAACCUCCACUGUCCCGGUAUCCACUGACUAUCCCGGGGAGCAUGGUUUCAGGCUGGCGUUCCCACAAUCAGGCACCGCCAAAUCUGUCACCUGCACACUAGAUUUUUAUUAUCAAGCUGGUAUCUGUGGAGUUGGAGCAUGUCUGAACUUGUCCUCCUAGAGGUGUGGGGGAGGGGUGUGUCCGCUUGUACUAAAGCAGAAAGUGCAGUCUAUGGGACGUUUAGCAUCCAAAAAAUUUAAUCCUGGCCAUUGGAGGGAGAAGUAGGUCCUAUAACACAAGACUUCACAGAUUUAGAUCAGAAAGUAUAGUUUAAGAAUUGUUCUAGUGAGAGAAAGUCUAACUGAUGUGAUUCAGAUCCUGUGAGAAACAACUUGACAGGAAGUGACCCACAGGUACUCUCUAGAACUGAAUAAGCUCUUUUGUCAACUGGCAAAGACGUGUCCGGUUCAGAUGGUGGUGAACACUGCCCCUCCACAGGGAUCAGUGCUCCGAGCCAUAGCCAUAUACAAGAAGUCAGAGCAUGUGGCUGAGGUGGUCCGCCGGUGCCCCCACCAUGAGAGGACCCCUGACACUGAUGGAUUGGCUCCCCCUGCCCACCUCAUCCGAGUGGAAGGAAACACGCGCGCUGUUUACAAGCAAGAUGAUGUCGCCUACAGACACAGUGUUAUGGUGCCUUAUGAACCUCCACAGUUGGGUGCAGAGUGCACUACCAUACUUUACAAUUUUAUGUGUAACAGCAGCUGCAUGGGGGGCAUGAACCGCCGACCUAUCCUCACUAUUAUCACGUUGGAGACCCAAGACGGGCAAUUACUGGGUCGUCGGUCUUUCGAGGUGCGUGUGUGCGCAUGUCCAGGCAGAGACAGAAAAACCGAGGAGGGCAACUUUAGGAAAGAACAGGAAGCCAAAAUCCCAGACAAGACUCCUUCUACGACCAAACGCAGCUUUAAAGAAUCAUUCUCAUCAAAUCCUCGAGCUGAAGGCAGUAAGAAGGCUAAACUGAAUAACAGCAGUGAUGAGGAGAUGUUUACGCUGCAGGUGCGUGGUAAAGAGAGAUAUGAGAUGCUGAAAAAAAUAAACGACAGUUUGGAACUGAGUGACGUGGUGCCUCCAUCUGACGUUGACAAGUACCGCCAAAAAUUGGUUUCUAAAAGCAAGAAAGAAAAAGAUGGUCAAACUCCUGAGCCAAAGCGUGGUAAAAAACUUAUGGUGAAAGAAGAGAAGAGUGACUCGGAUUAAGAAGCAGAGAGAGAGGGAGAGGAUGACAUGGAAAAAGCUUUUUUCCAUUGGUUUUGUUUGCCUUUGUUUUUCCAUAAAUGACUGUUUCACAAGUUUGUGUCCUGUAUUAUAGAAGACCUCACCAUGUCCUCCAUGCCAUUGAUCAUCUUGUUUAUUUACUGGGACCUUUAAGAAAAGAAAAACAGUGUUAGCAUGAGGAUAGAAACAGCUGGGUGUGUGAAGUGUUAUAUUGGCUAUGGAGGAGCAAUAUUGACUCAUGGACUUGCUGGCCAUUUUCUCACUUUGGCACUCCUCUAAGACAAACAGAACUGUCUACUGAAUGUUCCCCGAUAGAUGGGCUUUAUCCUGUUGUAGGUCAGUGCAGGUCACUUACCCUCAAAUGGGUGGUUUCCUGGUCAGGGAUUAGAUUAAGAUAAUGUAAUGUAAUUGCAUUUCAUUGUAAAUAUUCCAUAUUGAACUGGUUAUAUGUCAGGGAAAGCAAAAGAAUUGAAAAAAAUUACUGCAUUCCAUCCUUUUCAAGUUCAUAUUCACUGCAAUGUGGAGUUUUAUAAAUUGCUCCACUUGCAUGCUAGAUGGUAAACGUUGUCAUGAUGCAACCGUUUUCAUCCGGCCAUUGGAAGAAGUUAUUCCUUCCUCUGUUGUUAUGAAUUUUAAUAUUAAUAUGAUUCAUAGAUGAACUUUAGACUGUCACUCAGUUUAACCAUGCCAUGUAUUUACUGUUAUGUAGGAGGUUAUCGGUUAAAUGCCUAAAUAUGGGUAGAUUAAAUUGUUAAACUCAGGGCAUGUUUCAACGACUCCUGGUAACUUUGAUAAAACAACUCAGGUUAAAUAUUUUCCCCUUUUAUUAUGUUUUUUUUUUUGCAUUUAUCCUUUAUCACUGUAUACAUUCAUUGUUGUAGCUAGGAUAGAUGGUGUUUUGUAAGCAAAAAUCUUUUUAAUACACAUUAUUUAAAAAAAUGA